AUGAACAAAGAGAAUGCUGUUUCUGGCAACGUCAUACCGCUCCAUGCCCAUACUGCUUCAGAAGUGGAUGUUGCAACACAGAGUCUAGGACAUGUCGUUAGAGCAAACACAAAGAGAGCAUCCUUGGACGAGAAGAAAGCCAAUGCACCUAAGAAGCGAGCUGUUCUUAAAGAUAUCACAAAGGAGAUUUCAGCUAAGUUGGAGAACAUCAAGCAGAUAGAGAAGGUGGCAUCUUCUUCUGUAUCCACUGUGGCAAGUAAUCUGCAAGUCAUUGACAUUGAUUCAGAUAACAAAGAUCCUCUACUUUGUAGCCUUUAUGCACCUGAAAUCUACUACAAUCUGCGUGUUGCCGAGCAGCUUCAACGCAGACCAUUUCCUGAUUAUAUGGAAAGGAUACAAAGAGAUCUGACUCAUACAAUGAGAGGAAUACUAGUUGAUUGGCUUGUCGAGGUCUCAGAGGAAUACAAACUUGUACCUGACACACUCUAUCUCACAGUAUAUCUCAUAGAUUGGUUUCUCCAUGGAAACUACAUUGAAAGACAGAGGCUUCAAUUGCUCGGUGUCACUUGUAUGUUCAUUGCUUCAAAAUACGAGGAGAAAUUUGUGCCACGCAUUGAGGAGUUCUGCUUCAUCACUGAUAACACUUUCAUAAAAGAUCAGGUCUUGGAGAUGGAGAGACAAGUACUGAUGCAUUUUAGCUUUCAGAUUUACACACCCACUUCAAAAACAUUCCUCAGGAGAUUUCUCCGGGCAGCUCAUGCUUCUGAUAUGCAGAAACCAAGUGUCGAGAUAGAGUUUCUGGCGAACUAUCUCAUGGAACUGACGUUAAUAGACUAUGAGUUCUUGAAGUUCCUUCCUUCGGUUAUCGCUGCUUCAGCUGUUUUCCUUGCUAAGUGGACACUGAACCAAUCAAGCCACCCUUGGAAUCCAACUCUUGAGCAUUACACAACGUUGAAAGCCUCAGACCUCAAAGCAUCAGUUCACGCCUUGCAAGAUCUACAGCUUAACACCAAAGGGUGCACCUUAGUUUCUAUACGCAUGAAGUAUAAGCAAGAGAAGUUCAAAUCAGUGGGGGUUUUGUCGUCUCCGGAGAUACCUGACAGGCUAUUCUGA